AUGCCGAAAAAACCUGCUGAUGCUAAUAAACCUCGCGGCCCUAUCACUGCCUAUGCAUUAUUUGUUCGUACAUGUCGUGAUGAACUGCGCCGAAAAUAUCCUCAAUUAAGUGUUGAUUAUAAUGUUAUAGCUAAAAAAUGUUCGGAACGUUGGAAAUCAAUGAGUGAUUCUGAAAAAAAGCGUUUCAAUGAUAUUGCUGAUUCACAACGUAAACGUUAUAAAGAAGAACUUGCUGUCUAUCAGCAAGAACAAUUAGUUAAACAACAACAACAAGAUCCACCAACAUCAUCAAUAUUAAUGCCAACAACACAAUAUUUUAUUGAACCAACACAGCAACAUACACUUGUUAACAUACAAAAGAAACCAGCCAAAAAGCGUGAUCGAAAACAAAAAGAUCCACAUGCACCAAAAAAACCUUUAUCAGCUUAUUUUCUCUUCUGUGCCGAUGAACGACCUAAAGUUCAUAGUUCACAAGGAGGCAUGUCAGUCAGUGAUGUAGCACGUGAACUUGGCGUGCGAUGGAAGCAAACACCUGCAGAAUUGAAAAUAAAAUAUGAGCAAGCUGCAUCGGAGAAAAAAAAUGUCUAUCAAGCAGAAAUGGCUCUUUAUAAAAAUCAAACAUCAACGAAUUUAUCACCACCUGAAACUCCUCAAACGCCAUCAUCGCCUCACGAUUUUCAAUCGGUAUCAUCUUUCAUGUCUAUUCAACAAGCUUCACAAUUACAAUUUGAUCAAUGUGAUACAAAUGAAAAUCAAGCGGAUUUUGAUACACUAACACACGAACAUGAUGAUUAA